GCCGGAAGUGGCUGCGGGAGCCGCAGGGUGUGUAUGUGUGGUGAUCGCGAAGCGGGCUGCCGCCGCGCUCCAAGCCUCUCGAUCUGCCGGGCCCGAGCCUGCGAGCUCCGAGACCGUCCCCGCCUCCUUCGUGCUUCCCGCGCCAGGAUUAACCAUGGAUAAAAGUGAGCUGGUGCAGAAGGCCAAACUAGCUGAGCAAGCAGAGCGCUAUGAUGACAUGGCUGCUGCCAUGAAGGCUGUCACUGAGCAAGGGCAUGAGCUGUCCAAUGAAGAAAGGAAUUUACUCUCUGUUGCCUAUAAGAAUGUGGUUGGUGCCCGUCGUUCCUCCUGGCGUGUCAUUUCCAGCAUUGAACAGAAAACGGAGCGGAAUGAGAAGAAACAGCAGAUGGGAAGAGAAUAUCGUGAGAAGAUUGAGGCUGAACUACAGGACAUCUGCAACGAUGUUCUGGAACUUCUGGAUAAGUACCUUAUUGUUAAUGCCACACAACCAGAAAGCAAGGUUUUCUAUUUGAAAAUGAAAGGAGAUUACUACAGAUACCUUUCUGAGGUGGCAUCUGGAGAUAAUAAGCAAACAACAGUAGCAAAUUCUCAGCAGGCGUAUCAAGAAGCAUUUGAAAUCAGCAAGAAAGAGAUGCAGCCAACACACCCAAUCCGACUUGGUCUGGCACUCAAUUUCUCUGUGUUCUACUAUGAGAUACUAAACUCGCCAGAGAAAGCCUGUAGUCUGGCAAAGACAGCAUUUGAUGAAGCGAUAGCUGAACUGGAUACGCUGAAUGAAGAAUCUUACAAAGAUAGCACUCUGAUUAUGCAGCUACUUAGAGACAACCUUACUCUAUGGACAUCGGAAAACCAGGGAGAUGAAGGGGAAGCUGGGGAGGGCGAGAACUAAUGGCUGUCUCGCUUCACUAUAUGUUCAAUGUCACUCUGUAUCCUACACAUUAUAUCCCUUUGUGCGACAAGCAAAAAGAAUAGUACAUCGACUUCACAACCUCAACGUAGCAAACUGUCUGUGGGGUAAAAAACAAUUGGUUGGUGUUCUGUGUACGUAAAAUGGAGAUAAGUUGAGCAAUGGCAUUCUGAACCUUUCCUAUUAUGAACACUUGCAGUUAUGAUUACCGUGUUUAUAUUUUUUUAACUGAACACUGUGAUUAUGGGUUUUUGCAAUUACAGUUGACUUUACAAAAUGUGCAAUGGUGGAAGAGUAGAUAAGAAUCAUGUAAUUCCUUGGAAAGAUUAUAAUCUGGCAUCAAAAGAGCUGAAGUACAAUUCUGUUGUAAAGGUGUACAGAAAAUUAUAGAGAUUAUAUUGUGACACUGCAACAUGGAAGGAAAAAAACAAUGUUGGGUGGCAUUCCAGUUCAGUAGCUCACUGCUGUGAAUUUAAUGGGCACAUUCAUUCAGACAUUUUUUGUUAUGAAAUACUGAUGCUGGACACACUGCUUUUCAGCCAAAUGCUCAUGUAAAUGUAAACCUUUUCUGAGGCUUCAAUAUAAGAUAUGGGGAAAUUACAGCCAAACUUCCAGACUCUUUACAGUGGCAGAAAAACUGGGACUUCGUCUCUGGACAAAUAGUCCAGUGCUCUUACCAUGUAGAUUAAGUCCCAUCCCACAGCAAUAAGUUACAUAUUUACAGUGUGGACUAUUCUAAGUAGUGAAUUUUUAGUGCGCUACCAUGGAAUUUCAACAGGAUGUUUCUAUUUUUUAUGGCCUUAUUAGUUUGCUGGAUAGUCAUGCUAUAUAGAACUCAUUUCCCACUUUAAAAAUAUCAAACCCUCCUCCACACACACACCCCUCAGAGUGGGCCUGUACCUUUUUAAUAAUUUGGCUGAGCUGUUCUUCUGCAUGCAAUGUGUACUUCUCCCUCCCACCCCACCCCCUGCUUCAAUUAGUCUGGGCUUCUUCGUGAAUGGUGUUAGUCUGUGGUGGUGGAAGAGGUUUAAGUAUAUGGAGGACGUCUGUUUUAGAUGCUAUAGAGCUGCUGAUAUCGCUGUAGUUCUCAGCUCUCAGUAUCUGUUGAUCCUAGGUUACUAUCAAGGUCUGGCUCAUAUUCAAGAUUCCCUAAAUUUGCCUUAGGAAUACAGACCGUACACAUUUGUGUUGCUUGUUAGAUUGAAGUACUAAAAUUCUGAAUGUCCAAUCAGAUAUUAGAAUUCAAUAGGAGUUGCAUGAAUAAUGCAGUGGAAGAAUGGGAAUACUCACCCUAUUGGUCUUUCAAUCUCAUUCCUCUACCUAUUACAUUCCACUUUAGCACAUAGAAUCCAUCUGUUUGUCUGUCCAUCUGUCUGCUGAAGAGAGAAAUUCAUGCACUGACUCAAAAUUUCCCCUCUUAGCUGAACAAAUUGUGCAGUUAUACUUGGCGCUUGAUAAAUGCAGUAGUGAAUGUGGAACCGAGCCUGUCUGUAUAUCUGGUAGCUCUUUUUGCUUUGUUUCUACUGACCAGUAUUUUGCCUAAAGUUUGCUUCUGUGACGGUUGUAUUGCCUAGCACACACGUGGUUGUGAGAAUAGUAUAGCAAAAAGAAAUACCUGGUUAUCGAUGUACUAGAUUCGUGUAUGUCUUUUAAACAGUUCUAGUUUCACCUUACACAAUCAGGAAAGUGUAAAAGAAUUCAGACAAUAAUAAAAAAUUUUAUCAGUU